CGAUUUAUUAGUUGUCUGUCAGUCGUACAUCUCGUUGAACGAAAAAUCGAAUUGUAAAAUGGGAAAAUAUAUAGUGAUUUAUCUAAUUGCCUUCGUUGUGAGCGCUGUCGUUUGUGAAGAUUCCAUUCAACAUGAUGGCACUCCCACAGCGAUUACAUUGGAAACGAUAGAUUCCGUUGUUAACGAUAUUGCUAAUGUGUAUACGGACAAGAAAUUGGAAGUAUUUAUAGAAAACAAUGAGAACGGCUUGGAAAUGCUCCAUAGGUUUGCUUUCACCACAACAUAUCGGUUUUCUGUCGAACAACUUGACCACUUAAACCUUGAGAUUAACAUCAAUUUGGACAUAUCGGAUAACGAUUUCGACGAAUUUGUCGACACAAUUGUUUCGUUCAUAAAGAAACCCAAUUUCUUGACGAUUCGUACCAGAUCGAAUAAAUACGUCUACCGAAAUUACGAUCGAGCUGGCGAAGAGCAACUCGGCUUGACAAUGAACUAUGAUACGGUGCCGCAAUAUAUUCCAAAUAUUCCCGGUCAUUACAAUGGCACCAAAUGGAUUGUUCGAAUUCGAAGCAUUUCGGAACCGAAUAACAAUGAAGCCAGUUCCGAGCAACAGAAAAAACUCGUAAAUCUUAACGAUGAGCGAUGCUCGUUGUUCAGAUUCUGGAUUGAUGACAAUUUCUCCGUGACAACAGUGUCGAAGUUUUUGGAAAAGCACAACACCGGCACCAUGAAAACCCUGACAUUGACCUAUGACAUAAAACACGGCAGCCAAAUUUUCUUCAAUCGAUUGUACGUUAAUUUGAAAAAUGAGCUGAACUCUGACCACUUGAAAGGCUGGAAACUGACAGUUGAUUUCUAUUCGACGUUAUGGUCCGAUGAUCCGAUCUAUAACGGCAACGAGAAGGUUCCCUCAAUUAUUUUUGAGAGACAAACUUCUGAUUAAACAAAUGUAUUGACUUAUAGAGUAGGAACUGUUUUGUAAAAUAAAAAAAAUGGCAAAAAAAUUGUGUGUAAGAAAUAAAAUAAAAAGAACUGCAAUGUGA